UUACAACAAUUCCAACAAGAUGGUGUAUGUAAAGAUCCUGAGUGUCGCGCUGCUAGCUUCCCUGGUGACAUGUGAGCCUCCAGUACCACAAGGGUAUAACUACAGGAGACCGCAGGCUUUCAGUCCACCUAGCCCUAGCUAUUCGGCUCCAAGUACAGCAUACGGCCCGCCCACAAACUCCUACCUUCCACCAUCAUCAGGACAGAACUACCAAUCCGGCUUUGGCCACACUGGCCAAUACAACGGCUUUGGCCAAGGCAACAACGGCCAUUACGAUGAUGGCCACAAUCAUGGCCACGGAGGACACGGUCAUGACAGUGAAGUACCCAAAGCCUAUGAGUUUGGCUACUCAGUGAAAGACGCCCAAUCUGGUAACGAUUACGACCGGCAUGAGACCUCUGAUGGUAACGUCGUAAAGGGAGAGUACAGAGUGCAGUUGCCUGACGGACGCACUCAGAUUGUGACUUACCAUGCGGACUGGAAGACCGGUUUUCAUGCUGAUGUGAGAUACGAGGGCGAAGCGAGAUAUCCUGAACCCAUCCAGAACAACUACCAGGGUGGCUACAAUUACAAUACGCCAACUGACUACCAGGGCUCUCUCACCGGCUUCCAAGGACGACCUUCAACGUCAUACGGACCUCCAGGGUACCACUGAUCGAUUAUUAGAUAAAAGAAAUAAUGAGAGCUGUACAAUAUUCUAAAUAAAAUAGACGAAAAACACUUACCCGGUUCUCAAAGUUACGAAUUCCUUGUACCAUGAGCAUCAGACUAACAAAUCCAAGAAAAGAUCAAACCAGAAACCUUUUUUGUAUUUUGUAGUAUAACACCGGUGCCAAUGAUUUUCUAUUUUGCCGUAAGAUGGCGCUGUAACAAAUUACCACUAGGUACAAAUAAACUAAUGUAAAAAGUUAUUAUUAAACCUCUAUUUGUUAAUAUGUAUUGUCACUUGGUUUAUCAAUAAAUCGCAUAGCAAUCGCACAUGAAAAACAUGAUGGAAUUGAGGAAACAUGAUUUAAAUAUUUUAAAA